AUGGAGAAAAAAAUUCAAAUUCCAAAUAGUGUUAAUCCUGACAUAGCUAUUGAAAGGAAAAAUGCCAGCUUUGACCCAGAAGAAAUGGCCAUAUGGUAUUAUGGUUCUAAGGAAAAUUUGUCAAUGAAACGUAUUAUUGUAAAGGAAUCCUGUGAAGACUUAGAUGAUCCUCUGUUAUAUGAGUUUCUUUCAUAUGAAGAUAUGGCAUCACUGGCCAUAAAAUGUGCCAUAGAUAGCAUAAAGAAUAUAAGAGCUUUACAAGAACGCUUCAAUCCUGGAGGUUCUGAAAUCUAUCCGGCUCGUUUGGGUGACAAUGCCAUAAAUGUCCUGACCCCAGGUGGCAAUCCUUUUACCGUUCACAUUCUCAUGUUUACACGCGCCCUCAGAGAACAGGGCACUCCAGAGCAAUAUGAGAAAUUCGGAAGACGAGCUGAUAAUUGUGAGAUUAUUGGAACUUUUGCCCAAACCGAACUCGGUCAUGGUACAUAUUUGAAGGGUUUGGAGGCUCGAGCAGACUAUGAUCGAAGAACGGAAGAGUUCGUAUUGAAUACACCUAAAUUGACUUCAUACAAAUGGUGGCCAGGAGGAUUGGGUCAGACCAGUAACUAUUGCAUAGUUGUGGCCCAGCUCUAUAUAGACAAUGAGCCCAAGGGUAUUCAAAUGUUUGUGGUGCAAAUUCGUGAUGAGGAGACUCACAUGCCUUUGCCGGGUGUACAUGUGGGUGAGAUUGGCAAAAAGGUGGGCUACAAUGGUGUUAAUCAUGGAUUUUUGGGCCUGAGGGAUUAUCGUGUGCCUCGCCUCAACAUGUUGAUGAGAAAUCAACAGGUUUUGGCCGAUGGUACCUAUGUGAAGAGUCCUGUCUCCCAACUCUCCUAUUACCCCAUGAUGUUUGUGCGUUGCAUGGUGGCUCGCAUGUGUGCAGAAAUGUUGGCCCAAGUGGCCACUAUAACGACUCGAUUUUCGGUAAUACGCCGACAAAGUCCCAUCGAUGAAGGGGAUGGUGAGCCCAAAAUCCUGGAACACAUGACUCAACAAAUGAAAGUCAUACCCGAAAUAGCCACCAGCAUUGCCUAUAGUCUGGCAGCCAAAAAUUUGCGCUCAUUAUAUGAUGAGACCUCUGAGGCCAUAAUGCGACAAGAUUUUUCACGCCUUCCCGAACUGCAUGCUUUGGCAUGUAUCCUUAAGGUUUCCUGUUCCUAUGAUGCCACCUAUGGUAUUGAGCGUUUACGUCAAGGAUGUGGUGGUCAUGGAUUCCUGACAGCUGGCAAUGUGGGAACAAUUUUCUCCAUGGCUUCGGCUGCUUGCACCUAUGAAGGUGAAAAUUCUGUACUCUAUUUGCAAGUGGGAAAAAUUCUUAUGAAGGCGUGGGCUGAUGCCAUGGCGGGCAAGCAGUUAAUGCCAACUUUGAUGUACAUAAAGGAUUGUUCCUCGGGCGCCGAGUCCUUUAAGUGGAAAGGUACCUGGCAAUGUUUAGUGAAGGCAAUACAAUACGCAUGCGUGGGUUCCAUUCGUGUAGCUUUUGCAAGCUUCAAUAGUCGCCUGAAACAAGGUCAUAGUCAAUCGGUUGCUGUCAGCAAGACAGGUCAAGAGUUGACUAAAGCUGCUGAAUUACAUGGACGUGCUUAUGUGGCCGCAAACUUCCAUCAGGAAGUCAUGCAUGGUCGCAAUAAGGAGCAACGUUCGCCUCAAUUCCAAAGGGUGUUGGAAAACCUUUUGGAGUUGCAUUUGUUACAGAUUUUCUUCCGUCAUUUGGGUGAUAUUUUAAGGUUUGUCCACAUUUCCGAAGAUGAUAUUGCAAGCUUGCAAACCCGUUUAGAGGAAGUCCUUAAAAAGUUACGUCCGGAUGCUGUGGCCAUUACCGAUGGUUUUGAUUUCGAAGACAAAGUUUUGAGUUCAGCUUUGGGCUGUUACGAUGGCAAUGUCUAUGAGCGAUUAUUCCAAGCAGCCUUGAAACAUCCUUUGAAUAAAAAACCAGUAGCGGACUUCUAUGAGUUACAUUUGAAGCCAUUUAUGAGGGAAAAUGCUGCCAAGGCUGGAGCCAAUGCAAAGUUGUAAUGAAAAUCAUUUAA